CCAGACACUUGCUGCGGCUACCACCCUAUCCUCCGUUGUUCGGUAAGCACGUCUUCGUCUGACGAAGGACGGUCGUGACCAUUCCGUGUCGAACCAACAGCCUUUCGUGCGAUCUACAAAAUGCAGAGUUGUUUCCCCCUGGUGGCGAAGAACAUCGCCGCGGCCGUGCGACGUUGGCUGCACGGGCCGCGUGCACUACAGGUGAUGGCCACGGAUCGAUCAGUGCGGCUGCUCUUUGUGGUCACAGCACUUCUCUUUUUGCCUCUGGAAUUCACACAGCUGGCUCUGGCCAUAGCAGGGGCUUGUAUCUAUACCUUCAUCCAGCACGCCUCAGCUGAUCAAGAGACGUGGUGGCCUCGCAAAAAGUCCAAGGCAGCGCCAGCACGCCGCAUGGCACCAAAGGUCAACAAGGCAUGGCCUCCAGCAUUGCCAGGACAGUGUUGGGAGGCGGACGUGCAGCUGCUACUGUCACAGAUCACCCCAAGCAGCGAGUCCGAGAAUGCCGCGCAGCGGCUGGUAGAGACGGUGAAAAGAGCCAUCCAGCCACUCUUCCCAGAGGCCGAUGUCUGCGGCUUUGUGAGUGGCGAGUUGGAAGGCAGCCGCGCCUUCAGAGUGGCUGUUCCGGACAUCGAACUAGUGGUCUCCGUGCCCCCGGAGCUGUUGCGACAGAAGUUGCUGGGGAAAGUGGAGCGAAAGUUGGAUAAACAGCUGGAGAAGGCGGCCAUCCGCUGCAUUGCGGAGACCUUGGUCUCCUCUUGCGGCUUCAAGUUCCGACGUUCCGCCUUUCGAGGUGAGGAGCCCAAGUUGACGCUGCUGGCGCCACCCAGCGGCGCUGGCGAGGCCGUGCCCCUGGAUGUGGCCGUGAAUGCGGAGACACCGUUGUACGCGGCGGCGCUGUUGAGCGAAUGUGCGCAGUUGGAUAUACGCGCCAAACAACUCAUCUUGUUGGUGAGGCGUUGGGCCAAAGAUCGUGGGAUUUGCCAUGCGGCCAAGGGAUACCUAUCGCCAUAUCACUGGAGUCUCUUGGUGAUCUACUUCUUGCAAGUCCAUCGUGAUCAAGUGCUUCCACCCUUGACGUCCUUCAUGGCCUACCAGCAGCUCUCCCAAUCAACAGUAGCACCGACGUCGACAGCAACAUCGACGCCGCGCAAAGACACUGCAACGCAAGGGAAAGUGCAUACCUCCAAGCUGUUGAAAGAUUUCAUGCACUUCUACCGCAACUUCGAUUGGAGGAAUGAGAUGAUUGAUCCAAUCAGAGGUGAGCGCGGGCCCUCGACCUUUCAGGAGGAAAAUGCACCACGCACUCCGUUGGUUCUGCAGGACCCCUUCCGGCCUUGCAAUUUGGGCCGACGCGUCUCCAAUAGCAGCUUUGCGCGGAUCAGAGAGGAGUUUGAACGUGCCAGCGACAUUUGCUCUGAGGGCUGCUCGCCAGGGAAGAUCUUUGAGUUGUGGGUGCCGCCUGCAGCAGGCUCUGCAGAAGAUGAAUGAAGAGGUUGCUGACUCGAACUGAAAUUGGUCGCCGAACACAGAACGAGCGGCCCGUUGUUUCCCUGUAAAAUUUAGGAUCCAUAUGCCACGAAAAGCAGCACUCACUGCGGUGAGUGAUGUCAUCGCCGAAUCCAAAAACUGCUGUGCCGCUACGCUGUUUUGGAUCCCUGAAGGACGGGUGGAGAUGGUUUCGAGAAAGAUCAUUCUGAUCACGAAGCAAGGUGAAACGGGUGGAUUGCAAUGCAAGUGACAGCAGAUGAAAAUGAGUUCCCUAAGCAAUCAACUCAGUUCUGCUGGUGGCCUUGCCAAGUACGAUCUAUUGAGUGAAAUGAACCAGUGCCAAGUCUUCAAACAAACUGAAGGAAUUAGUAGAUUUGAAGCUGUAAAUCAAAGACCAUCAAGACAGCAGCAGUCAAGUUUGGUGCUGUUUCGGAUCACCGCUCAGUGGACCCGACUCCCAGUUGAGG